UAUAAAGAAUUUAAAACCCAGGUUCAUUGCAUUUGAGCCGUGUCUGUGUCUCACAUUUGGACUACGUUCGCCUGUUGCUGCUCAGAGGCACUGCGUGCGCUUUGAGGGAAUGAAGAAGAGUUGGUUUCAGCACGACGCCGCUUUGAACCCUUGACGGAAUGAAAUUCCCACUUGCAUGCUCAGAGUGCUUCUAUCCUUCUUCUGACGACCUCCAUGACAACAACGGAGGACGAGUCAUAAAAUCAGGUCUACCGACACUCCAAAACGCUCACGCUUUCACAUACAAUGAAAUCAAAAUUGCCACCGGUGGCUUCCGCUCAUCAGAUAAGAUCGGCCAAGGGGGAUUCGGAUCUGUUUAUAAGGGAAGACUUCAAGAUGGAACAGUGGUGGCAGUGAAGGUUCUUUCAGCAGAAUCAAAGCAAGGGGACAGGGAGUUUAUGUCUGAGAUGGCUUCAAUAUCUAAUAUCAACCAUGAAAAUCUUGUCAAGCUGCAUGGUGGUUGCGUCCAUGGAGCCCGUAGAAUGCUCGUUUACGACUAUAUGCAGAACAAUAGCCUUUCUCAUACCUUACUCCGUGGGGAGAAAAGAAGAGCUAAAUUUAGCUGGAAAACGAGAAGGGAAAUUUGCUUGGGGAUUGCUCGAGGGCUUGCUUAUAUCCACGAGGACAUUACACCCCACGUAGUUCACCGGGACAUUAAAGCUAGCAAUAUACUUCUUGAUGGAGAUUUUACCCCAAAAAUUUCAGAUUUUGGCCUCUCCAAACUCUUUUAUACCAACAUCACUCACAUUACCACACGGGUUGCCGGGACAUUAGGCUAUCUUGCUCCGGAAUAUGCCUUAAGUGGGCAUUUGACCAGAAAAUCUGAUGUAUAUAGCUUUGGAGUGCUGAUUUUAGAGAUUGUGAGCGGAAGAACCGCUAUCGACUUUGACUUGGACCUGGGAGAGCAUUACCUCGUCCAGAAGGCCUGGGAACUGUACAAGACCAAGAAGCUCGAUCAGCUGGUGGACCCAGUGAUGAGGGGCGACAUUACAGCAAAGGAAGCCGUCCGCUUCCUCAGGGUGGGGCUACUAUGCGUACAAGAGAAAUGUGAUCGACGGCCCAAAAUCUCCAAAGCGAUGAGCCUCAUGUCCGAUGACGAAAUCAACCUGGAUGAUCUCCUAAUAUCGCAGCCGGGAAUCAUCACAGAUAUCAUGGACGUGAAACUUGGCAGAAGACGGUCGACGUCUCAGGGCAUCACCAGCACCCCAAGUCACCGGUUGUACAAUUUUUGACCAGGGCCUGUUUAUUUUAACAAAUUGCAGGUCACAAUGGUGGCACCUAACCCUUUUUGUAUUUUCAUUUUUUUUAAUUCAUUGGGUUAGAAAAAGGUGGAUGAUUACUGAGAAUAUAUAGAGGUGUUAGAAUUCAAUGUGGGUAUACCAAAUUGGACAACCUAGUGUUCUACUGGUGGAUUGAACAACUUUGUUGAAAUGGUCAAGAGCGACCAGCCCUCAAGCAGGUUAAAUUUUUACUUGAAUCUUUGAAAAUAUAUUGGAAUAGAACAAGAAAGGAAGGAACAAAAAGAAAAAGGAGGUCCAAAUAGUUAGAUAUUCUUUAGCUAGAAUUGCUAGUU